AGUCAGCAUCCUCACGCGCCACGCCGCGCGUCUCCAGCCACCAUUUAACGCUUCCCCUCGCACCACCACCACUUGUACUCUACUUGCCUCGCAUCCGAUCCGACGACGAACGCCCAUCCCCACCACUCUCCUCAUCCUCCAUCCAGCUAACGCUCCCCUCCACGUACCAUCGGCCCCUUCCUCCCUCCAUCUACCUGCCGCAGCGGCCGGCCGGUGCCCACCCGCGCGCGCGCGCGCAUGGACCGCGCGGCCGACGCGACGGCCGCGGCGCUGGGCGCCUGGGCCUCCGUCCGGGGAUUCUUCACCCCGGCCACGCUCUUCAUCGUCGUCAACCUCGUCAUCGGCACCAUCGCCCUCAGCUCCCGCUUCCAACACCGCCGACGACGCGGCAACGACGACGGUCAGCACCACCACCAACAGCACCAACAACAGCCGUUCCACCACGACCAGGAGGACCGGUACUACGACGACCAGCGGCAGCAUCACCAGCAGCAGCAGCAGUACGUGCCGCCACCGCCCGCGCCCGAGCCGCUCGCGCGCACCUCGUCCGUGCUCGACCGGCUCCGCUCCAUCGGCCUCUACCGCUUCCGCUCCGGCGACUUCCCGCCCGAGUACGCCGCGGGGACGGACAGCAUGGCGGCUCCCGCGCCGGACAGCGGAGACGCGCACCACGCCAGGAGCCGCUCGGAGCCUGCGCCCGCGCCCGCGCGGGAGGUCAAGAGGAGGCCCAAGAAGCCGUCCAGAUCGGACACCAGGUUUAAUCCCGAGGUGGUGGCUCCGCCGCCCGCGCCCGCGGCUCGGCUGGUCCAGCCGGCCGUGCUGGAGGAGGACGACCACGAUGAUGUCGAGCAUGAGGAGGAGGAGUACGCGAGGGCGGACGAGUUCACCGACAGCAACUUCACCACGCCGCCCGAGGAGGAGGAGAGCUUGUACCGAGAGGAGUACGUCCCUCCCCUCCGGCCCGCGCCGCUGCCCCGCGCGCCGUCCGUCCUGGAGCGCCUACGCUCCUUCGGCAUGCCCGGCUUCCUCUCCACCGACCAUGCAGCCGGCCACGCCGUGGAGGACGUGCACACGGACAACAACUACUUCACCACACAUAAUCAUCAGCACCAGCAGCCACCGGCGCAGGAGCCUGAGGAAGAGGAGGAGCACUUGUACCGAGAGGAGUACGUCCCUCCCCUCCGGCCCGCGCCGCUGCCCCGCGCGCCGUCCGUCCUGGAGCGCCUCCGCUCCUUCGGCAUGCCCGGCUUCCUCUCCACCGACCAUGCGGCCGACCACGCCGUGGAGGACGUGUACACGCACAACAACAACUUCAGCACGCAUCAUCAUCAGCAGCAGCAGCCGCCGGCGCAGCCUGAGGAGGAGGAGCAGUACUACCGGGAGGAGUACGUCCCACCCCCGCGGCCCGCGCCGCUGCCGCGCGCGCCGUCCGUGCUGGAGCGGCUCCGCUCCUUCGGCCUCUCCCGCUUCCGCUCCGGCGAGGUCGACGCCGCGGCCGCCGUGGCGGAGCUCGAGCAGAGCCACCACGCCACGCAGUACAGCAGGAGCCGGUCGGAGCCGUCGAGGGAGCAGAGCGCCAGGGGCAAGAAGCUGCAGCAGGAGUCCGCCGAGGCGAGGAUGAGCAAGUCGGGCUCGGUGGCGAGGAAGCCAGCGCCGGUGGAGCCGGAGGCCGAGGCGGGCGGCGUGGACGCGCGGGCCGACGACUUCAUCAACAGCUUCAGGAAGCAGCUCCAGCUGCAGCGGCUCAACUCGCUGCUCAACUACAAGGACAUGCUCAACCGCGGCGCCUAGCUAUCGCUAGCUACCAUGGCCGUGCAGCUCAGCUCGCUGGAGCCUGGAGAUCGAAGAGACCUGCUGAUCCAUAGCGAUUAAUCAAUUAAUACACGCGCCUGCGAUUAAGCGCCUGUUAGUACUGUGGUGCCGAUUAACCUGUUAAUUACUUGCACAUUUCGGUUUUGUUUUCUCUCCCUGUCUGUUGUUGUUUAACAUGGCAUCAUGCAUCCAUCUUCCGAGCUGAGAGGGACACUGACAGAUUGCUUAGCGGAGGUAGGCGUUGAUGAGUGAACAGUGUGAGUGAUGUUAAGGCUCU